UGCACUGAGGUAGUUUGCUGCUGAUGUUGCAGCUUUGUCUUCUUUCGCAACUUUGUAAUAGUUUGUUUGGCAUAACAAUUAUUUAGUGUUAAAUGAAAAGUUAAAAACUAUGGUACUUUGACUUUUUGUAAGGAAAGCGAUGCUUCGUCAACCACCAAAGCAUCGAGGAUAAUAAAACGGGAAAGUACUGGCUGUCGGUAACUAUCUAACCAGCCAAAGUGGAUGUAUUUACAAAGGAAAACGAUCAUCUCGAGAGCUGCGUACAGGAAAUGGGGGAAAUAAUCCAGGUGGACCAAUGUAUGCGUAUGCCCGGAGUGGACAGACACGCGGCCUGGUGUGGAAAUAUACAAGAUAAAGAAAACAAAUGGUUAUGAAAGUUUGUCGAAUAACAGAACGGAUCCUUCGCUCGUACUCACAUGGUUUGUAGACAAAGUCUCAAGAAGGAAAAUAUUAUACAUCUGAAUGAAUUCAUUCUGCGUUCUACCGAUGUACGAACAUUAAAAAAAGACACUGAAAAGCAUCUUGACAGCAUACCUUAAUGUGGCUGUAAUGUGGCUCGGAAAGACAAAUAUAGUGCUAUUUCGAAAAGCUUAAUAGCUAACGUUAGAAGGUAGCUUUUAAAAUGAAAACCUUGACACCUGAAUAGAAAGGAAGAGAAUGUUUGUUUUGAUUUUCGUAAAAUGAAGAAUGGGAACAAUCUGAAUAUUGCCUCGAGACGUAGGUAUAUGAACACUAAUCAGGUAGGGGUUUUGUUUUGUUUUUAAAGUUUAGAUGCUAGAGUUAAGGUUUAUUUUCUUGUGGGAAUCUUCAUCACAGAGAAUGUUUAAUUUCUGAUUUGAGUGAUAUUGUUUUGCAAUUAUUAUUCUCUGUAAUGUAAUGAUUAAUGAAUGCUAGAGAGUAACACAGUUACAGAAGGUCAUCAAGGUCUACUAGUUUUGCGUCUACGUGCACUGAUCACUAUUUGGAUUAGAGAAACGAGGAGGCUACAUCGAAAUUACGUCAUGGCAAGUGCCCUAGCAUCAAAGAUCGGUCUAAACUCCUUGCUAAGAAAACAAGCAAAGACCUUCAGCGUCAGAAUCGUUACAAUGGACGCAGAAAUGGAAUUUAGUUGUGAGGUCAAAUGGAAAGGGAAAGACCUCUUUGAUUUGGUGUGCCGGACCCUUGGACUCAGAGAGACGUGGUUCUUCGGCCUCCAGUACAAUGUGAAGGACACAGUGGCCUGGCUCAAGAUGGACAAAAAGGUCUUGGAUCAUGACAUCCCGAAAGAAGAGCCAAUCACCUUGAACUUCCUGGCCAAGUUUUAUCCUGAAAAUGCGGAGGAGGAGCUGGUCCAGGAUAUCACUCAGCAUCUCUUCUUCCUACAGGUAAAAAAGAAAAUUCUGGAAGAAGAAAUCUACUGCCCCCCCGAAGCGUCUGUCCUGCUGGCCUCGUAUGCUGUACAGGCUAAGUAUGGAGACUAUGACCCCAAUGUUCAUAAACCAGGCUUUCUGGCUCAGGAAGAACUGUUACCAAAGAGGGUGAUACACCUAUACCAGAUGACAGCAGAGAUGUGGGAGGAGAGAAUCACCGCUUGCUAUGCAGAGCACAGGGGACGAACAAGGGAUGAAGCGGAGACGGAGUACUUAAAGAUAGCUCAGGACCUGGAGAUGUAUGGCGUUAACUACUUUUUCAUUAGGAACAAAAAGGGAACAGACCUGCUGCUGGGGGUGGAUGCCUUGGGUCUACACAUAUACGAUCCGGAGAACAAGCUCACCCCCAAAAUCUCCUUCCCCUGGAACGAAAUCCGUAACAUCUCCUACAGUGACAAAGAGUUUGCCAUCAAACCCCUGGAUAAAAAGGCGGACGUCUUCAAGUUUAACUCCUCGAAAUUAAGGGUCAACAAGUUGAUUCUCCAGCUAUGCAUCGGGAACCAUGAUCUGUUCAUGCGGAGGCGCAGGGUGGAUUCUUUGGAGGUCCAACAGAUGAAGUCCCAAGCGCGAGAGGAGAAGGCUCGCAAACAGAUGGAGCGGCAGCGACUGGCCCGGGAGAAGCACCUCCGCGAGGAGGCGGAGAGAGCACGGGACGAGCUGGAGAGGAGGCUGCUGCAGCUGCAGGACGAGGCGCAGAUGGCCAAUGAUGCCCUGCUGCGCUCAGAGGAGACAGCCGACCUGCUGGCAGAGAAGGCCCAGAUCGCAGAGGAGGAGGCCAAGCUGCUGGCCCAGAAGGCGGCGGAGGCAGAGCAGGAGAUGCAGCGCAUCAAGGUGACGGCCAUCCGCAGCGAGGAGGAGAAGAGGCUGAUGGAGCAGAAGAUGAUGGAGGCUGAGAUGCUGGCUCUGAAAAUGGCUGAGGAGUCAGAGCGGAGGGCGAAGGAGGCGGAGCAGCUGAAGCAGGACCUACAGGAGGCGCGAGAAUCGGAGCGCAGGGCCAAGCACAAGCUGCUGGAGAUCACCAGCAAGCCCGCGUAUGUGCCUACAAAUCUGUCGGCAAACUCUAUGCCCCCAGACAUCCCCAGCUUCAACUUCAGCACUGAGAACCUCACCUUUGACUUUAAAGACACUGACAUGAAACGGCUCUCCAUGGAAAUUGAGAAAGAGAAAGUUGAGUACAUGGAGAAGAGCAAACACCUGCAGGAGCAGCUGAAUGAGCUGAAGACGGAGAUUGAGUCACUGAAGCUGAGGGAGCGGGAGACGCCUCUGGACAUCCUGCACAACGAAAACACAGAGAAGGGCACCAGCAAGCAGAGCAACUUCAAAAAGCUGACUCUACAGAGCACCAAAUCCAGAGUGGCCUUCUUCGAGGAGCUGUAGAGGUGGAAAGGGAUGUGUGUGUGUGUGUGUGUG